CUCAAUUUGAGGUUAUGAAAAGCGGACUCAUAUAGUUAGCAGUUGUUUCUUUCAGGACUGCUUUUAAAGUUACUCCAGCUGCAAGAUACAGGCAGGUCAAGAACUGUUAACUGUUUUGAAAGCGAUUUACACCAUUGGCCGUUUUUGACUUAUCUACAGAACCAUUAUGUCCGUGUGCAGUGCUGUUCGGUUGAUUCAGUCUCGCAGUGGUGUGAGGUUUCAGAGCAGAACAGUGCGCAGCAGCCACACCAGUUUAUCAGCUGGAGAUAUCAGAGAAAAACUGCGGGCAUUUCCAGGAGGAUCCAUAGACCUGAAGAAACGAGAGUCAGGCAUGGCAGUGAUCACCAUCAAUAACCCAGCACGCAUGAAUGCCUUCUCAGGUAGCAUGAUGCUUGAAUUGGAGGAGCGGGUGCAUGAGCUUGAGACCUGGUCAGAAGGGAAAGGGGUCAUUGUACAGGGUGCUGCAGGAACAUUCUGCUCUGGAGCUGAUUUGAAUAUGGUCAAAGCAAUAGCAAACCCACAGGAUGGGAUAAAGAUGUGCGAGUUUAUGCAGACCACUCUUACAAGACUCCUUAGGUUGCCACUCAUCUCUGUGGCACUGGUUGAAGGAAAAGCAUUGGGUGGUGGGGCAGAAGUCACGACCGCCUGUGAUUUCAGGUUGAUGACGUCUGGUGGUGUUAUCCAGUUUGUCCAUAAGCAUAUGGGUUUAGUACCCGGUUGGGGAGGAGCUUCAAGGUUGGUUCGUAUAGUUGGCAGCCAGAAUUCCUUGAAAUUGCUUGCGGGGGCUAAAAUGGUGGAUCCAGAGUUCGGAAAACAGAUUGGACUGGUGGAUGAGGUGCUCCAUUGCUCUUCUGGUGAGAGGAAUACGCUGGAUCAGGCAGAGCAGUGGCUCAGUCAGUUCAUUAAAGGGCCGGAAGCAGUCAUCCGAGCUGUUAAAAGAGUUGUUCUCUCAGGACGAGAGCUUCCAUUAGAAGAAGCACUUACAUCUGAGAGAAAUGUGUUUGGGACAGUGUGGGGUGGUCCAGCCAAUCUUGAGGCACUGGCUUUGAAAACAAAAAAGAAGUAACUGAGAAUAUCAGCAUUAGUUAAAGUGAUACUUCACCCAAAAAUGAAAAUUCUGUCAUCAUUUACUCACCUUCGCGUUGUUCUAAAUGUUUAAGAAUUUCUUUGUUCUGAUAAACACAGAGAAAGAUAUUUGGAAUGAUGCCUACAACAAAACAGAUCUCAACACCCAUUGACUCCUAUAGUGGAACAAAAUUAAUUUAUAUAUUUUUUCGUUCUGUUGAACACAAAAGAAGACAUUUUGCAAUACAGUUCUGGGGCAAUUUUGACUAUCUCUGGUUUUUUUUCCUACUAUGGUAGUCGAUGGGUGUUCAGAUCUGUUUGGUUAUAAGCAUUAUACCAAAUAUCUUUCUCUCUGUUCAUCAGAACAAAGUAAUUUAUACUCAUUUGGAACAACGCGAAGGUGAGUAAAUGAUGACAGAAUUUUCAUUUUUGGGUGAAGUAUCCCAAGAAGUAAGACUUGUUCAAUCACAUAAUAAACAUGAAUGUCUGACACACACACACACAAAAAAAAACCCCAAUAAAUGAUCCAUUUUAUGAUCCA